CUCUCUUGCCUCUCUCCUCUUUUUUGCCCUUCGCCUGGUGGGCGGGUGCCCAGUGUGCCCAGUACCAGGCCAAUGCCGCCAGUUACCACCCAGUGACAAGUGUUGCCAAUGCCAGUGCGCAGACCUCUUUUUUUUUUUUUUUGGCCCGUCGUCUGGUUUGGUACGGAUACCUGCCCAGCCUACCCAGACACCCAUCCCCUCCUAGCCAUUCAACGUGCAGCAGCAAGCCCAGGCACAGGCGAGGAAGCGACGGGAGGGAAAGCGAAAGUGACAAGCGUCCGCACCUGCGCAGGCCAAAAAAAAAAAAAGGUGACUUGGAGUGAUCCAAGGAGAAAGAGGAGGAGAGCCCAUCCACGGUGACCCCCCUUCCUUCCUCAGUUCUCCCAGUCUCUCACUCAGUCUCGCACACGGUACGAAGUACCACCCCCAGUCCACCCGCCCAGUCGCCAGUCGCAGUCAGUCCUGGCCCCGUCCCAGACUUCCCAGCAAAAACAAGUGCACCCAGGCGCGUUGCUCCCGCACAAUCACUCCCCCCAUAGUAAAAAGGCUGCUUGGCCCUCCCCCCAUACAUUUCCUUCCCUCUUCUUCUCCCAUACAAAUCUCCCACCCAAAUCCUCCUCUCUUACAAUCCGCACUCUCACAAUACCACACUUUACUGCCUUCGCGCACUCAACCCCGUGAGUACCUGCUGCCCAUAUACCAUUGUCCACUUGCACCAUCAACCACCGCAACAUACACGCGCAACAUCAUCCUCUUCUAUUUUCAUUGUCGCUACAAUUUCGAUCACUCUGCCUCGAUUUGCAACUCAGAAAUCGCUUUUUUACAAGUCGAUAUCGUGGGUGCGAUCCGUUGUUGAGCUUCGAACUUUGGCGUGCACCUCUUCGUCUCUUACACGCUCGUCCAUCAACCAGCUUCAAUCAUAGAGCUUUCUAGCUAACAAGAGCUUGACGCGUCCAGAUCACCACAUCAACACCUCUCUUUCCACCUCUCAAAAACCUUCUCAGGUAUGCUUUACGAUCCCUCUUGGACGAUUUUGAGCUUCAAAUUGCAAUUACUUCGCGUUGCGGAGCGCAAUUGCACUUGCGACUCAACCACCCACACACCCUGGUUCUCGUUGCACCGCGGUCCUCUUGCACUAUGGCUUUCCGGCAUAACGGCGCGGCGGCUUUGCCGUCAGUCGUCAUGUUGCGCCGAUUCCAUCACAUUCUCGACCCUUUGCUCCUCGUCAUACCAGCACAUUCAUCUCGACAUUAAAACAGUUUGACUAACGUCGUGUUCAAGAUACCAAAAUGCCUAAGGCCGCGACCAAGCGAGGUGCCGCUAAGGACACCAAGAAGCGCGCGAAGAAGGACCCCAACGCCCCCAAGCGUGGCCUUUCCGCCUACAUGUUCUUCGCCAACGAGCAGCGCGAGAACGUUCGUGAGGAGAACCCCGGUAUUUCCUUCGGACAGGUCGGCAAGAUCCUCGGUGAGCGCUGGAAGGCCCUCAACGAGAAGCAGCGCGGUCCCUAUGAGGCCAAGGCUGCCACCGACAAGAAGCGCUACGAGGACGAGAAGCAGGCAUACAACGUAAGACACCCCCAAACCCCCACUCCAUCUGGCCGUGUUGUGCUGAAGCUAAUUAGUCCCUCUAAAGGCCGAACAAGAGGAGGAUGAGUCCUCUUGAUUGCUGUAUUUCUGCUGCUUCUCAGUCCGAACGGAUGGCGUGGAGUUAGUUUUUGCGCACAUCUUUCGGACUUUCCUUGUAACUUUGGGCUCGGCGGUGUAUGAUGGUAUUGAAAUGGGUUGCUUUUCUCGUUAUUCAGGAUCGGCAGGAAGGCGGAUUUGAGGCAGGCGAAGCUCUCACGCCGCCCCGCGUCAAUAGCAGAGCUGGUCAUGCCGCCCGUCGCGGAAUGAAAUUGUCCACGAUUGGGACACAAUGACACUUGACGGCUCACACAUUGACAAACAUACAUGACUACCUGCUUGUCCCAUCGCAAUGUGAGUGAAUGUUAUAGUGAAGGUGCGUAUGGGCGGACGAUGCGCCAAUCAUGGUACUAUGGUGUUUCUGCCCUUGUUUCCAAGGGUCCUUCCCCAGGUCCAGGGAUCUGGGUUGAUGGGGUUUAUUUUUGUCCAGCCACUCAAGGGUCUCUAUCACUGCGACCCCGUCGUGUCAUGGGAUUUGGUAACGCACAGCGACUCGAUUGCCAUGUUCCGCUAAUGCAGAUUGCCUGAAGCCGGUUGGGGAUCAUUCAGACACGACGGCCAAAGAAGGGCCAGCUUGAGUGGCCCAUGGCCUUGGAGACCUUUCCCUUCCGAGCUGAAGCCGCUUCUGCGAUUGCGAUUGGAGGUGACUCGGUGGACCUCGGGGAACUCGGUGAGUCGGGGAAGAUAGGCCACG